AUGUGGCUUCCACUCCACGAGGAGUCAGAACAGAUCGUCGAUAAAUAUCUCACUGACAUCACCUACCUCCAUCACGUUGUCCAUAUUCCCUCGGUCCGUGUGCUUGUGAAUGAGCUCUAUGAGAAUCUGAGCACAAAAAGCCCCGUAAAGCUCGGCCAAGUCUCCUUGCUAUUGGCAAUGCUGGCUAGCACUGCCUUUUUUUGGACCGAGCGAGACAUGCACAGACUGGCAUUCUCCUCGGUCGCGGACGCCAAUGAACUAUCCAAAAAAUGGAUGGCAAUGUCAUUCGAAGUGCUGGAAUACUCCCGUCGCACAUGCUCGGAGUCCAUUGAGGAUGUUCAAGCCCUGAUCAUUCUGGCCUUCUUGGUUUGCCAUAUCGUCGGCAUCACGUCUCGGGCUCGCUAUCUCUUUUCUACAGCCACCUCAAUCGCAUGGCAGCUAUCAUUGCACCGAAUCGAUCACAGGUAUAACGCAAAGCUUGAUGUGCCUCAGUCAGACUCGGUGAAAGCAGAAAUAGGCAGACGGGUGUGGUGGUAUCUUGUUGCAACAGACUGGCAAAUGUCCCAGUUGACGGGCCUACAGCAAGGCAUAUAUAUGGUUAACCCCCGUCAUAUGGCAACCAACAAACCCAUCCAUGCAAACGAUGAAGAUCUUUUUGAUGGUAUGAACCUCGUCGGCAAGCCACUUGAUCAGCCCACGGUCAUGUCAUAUUACCUCCAGCGAAUUCGACUCGGAGAAAUAUGUCGAGAAAUCAGCGACAGUUUCCCGUUCCUGGAAGCCGAAUUAGGGAAUCCGGAUUACCAGCAGGUCAAAGAGAUCGACCAAAGGAUCUGUGAAUUCAGUCAAGCAUUGCCGUACUUUUUUCAAUUGGAUUAUGACAUGAGGGAAUUACCAGAAAGAGACCCUCACAGAUCUUCCGGUAUAGCUGUCCAUCGAUACAUUAUCAACUCCAUGCUCCACACCCAGCGCUGCAGGCUGCAUCUUCCUUACCUAUCUCGCGCAGCAGAGGCUCCAUUCACCUACUCAAGAAACGCAUGCCUUGAAGCAGCGCGCAUGGUUAUUCGCACAGAAGCACAGCUAUCCUCCAACAACAUCCCUUUUUUUAUGACUCGGAUGAAGUUUUCGGGGAGCUUGCUUUGUGUAUGCAUGGCCAUCAUUGUACUUCUGAUAGAUCUUUGCCACAAUAAGAGUUUCGGACCAGACGAGGAACAGGAGCGUCGGUUAGAGAUUCGUAAUGCGUUAGGCAUCCUCGAAGAAGGCAAGAGCCAGUCCCCAUUUGCAGAUAGGCUCCUUGAUACUUUCAACUCUAUCCUUCAACGGAACAAAGUUCCUCUCCCUACUGAAAGGAAGUCAGCGUCCCACUCAAAAAUCAGCAACGGACCGAUACAGGAUGCGUCCGUUGGUUCUGCUCCCACACCAGUACCUUCUUCUGAAGCCGACCUGGAGCCAACGUCUACGGACCCCGCGCUCCCUUCCUUUGAUGAUCUCUGGCAGACAUUUGAUACCAACGCGGACCCGUCCACUCUGUUUGACUGGAACACUCUUUUAUCCGAGCUCGAUGCUCCCUUCCUAUCAAUAUGA